CUUUGUCUAUUAUCUACGGGGAUUUUGCUUGCAGGGGGUGUUCACGUGUGUAAAAGUAAGACAAUCAAUGGAGCUUCGGCUGUUGGAAUGAAUAUUGUGCGGAGCUUGUAAAAUCAGUUCACUAUACGGACAUUUAAAAGUCAAUGAAGGAGACCAGAUUCUGUUUACAAGCUUUUUCCUGAAUCAGGAUGGAUCCCAACCAGAGCGUGAAGUGUAAAAUAGUGGUUGUCGGGGACAGCCAGUGCGGAAAGACAGCUUUACUUCAUGUCUUCGCGAAAGAUUGCUUUCCAGAGACCUAUGUUCCCACGGUGUUUGAAAACUACACGGCCAGUUUCGAAAUCGACACUAAAAGAAUAGAACUCAGUCUUUGGGACACAUCAGGUUCUCCAUACUACGACAACGUGCGACCACUCUCCUACCCGGACUCUGACGCUGUCCUCAUCUGUUUUGACAUCAGCCGGCCAGAGACCCUGGACAGCGUGCUGAAGAAGUGGAGGGGUGAGAUCCAGGAGUUCUGCCCCAACACCAAGAUGCUGCUGGUGGGCUGCAAGUCGGACCUCCGCACUGACCUCACCACUCUGGUGGAGCUGUCCAAUCACAGACAGACGCCCGUGUCAUAUGAUCAGGGCUCCAACAUGGCCAAGCAGCUGAGCGCCCCCUACAUCGAGUGUUCCUCCCUGCAGUCUGAGAACAGCGUCAGAGACAUCUUCCAUGUGGCCACGCUGGCCUGCGUCAACAAGAACAGCAAGAACGUCAAACGCAGCAAGUCCUCCAGGGCCACCAAGAGGAUCUCGCACAUGCCCAACAGGCCCGAGCUGGCGGCGGUGGCUUCGGACAUACGCAAAGACAAGGCCAAGAGCUGUGCCAUCAUGUGAUUGGCCAGGACUAGGGAGACUUGUCGCUGUUGUGGACAAAUGGGAUCAGGGGAUGAGGAGGAAGUGACACGGAGCUCUAAGCCUCCUCUCUUCUUUUACACACGUGCCAAGCAUUGAGAGGGGGGUGCCACACUGCUCUGCACUUUAAACCAUCUGCUUAUCUCUCUGUUUUGUCCGGGACUACGAACAAUAUGAAGCCCUGUUCUACCGUCCUGCAGGAAUCAUGGACUGUUGGCUGGAGACGAUGAAGGAAAUGUCUGGAGCUUGCCAAUGUCUUCUGGAGGAGAAAAUGUUUGGGGAAUUUCUGAAGCCUAAACUUGUCAACAAAGCAAACUAGGGGCCACACAGGAAGACAUGCAGACUUCUGACUUAUAUCAGACCUCUCUUCUGCUCCCCCCCGAAGUGACAUCAUAACCAUUGUGGCCCAGGUCGAGGAUCUGGACAGGAAGUUAUUAUAAGUGGUGUCAGGUUAAGUUUUUGCCCUUGAAGGAAAAAAAAAAGAUGGAGGAAUCACCAGUGAGGAAAAUUUGUUCUAGAAAGCGAAAGGCUGCUGCUGCUGUUCAUCGACAUCAUUAUCGGCCUAUGGAUCUCUUGCACUGGCCGCAGGGCCUGGCAUGACGUUGUAAUGACACACUCACUGUGGUUGCACAGGCAAGCCCCACCCCUCCACCUCUCUUUUGUUACUGCCUUGAAACAGUCAAAUGGAGAUGACGUGUGUGUUUUUGGUCGAUGCUGUUGCGCACUGUUAACAAUGGUAUCUGAAAGCCGCCUUUUUAAUGUGCUUUGCUCUGUCUGCGGAACGUUCUAGCACUGCUCAAACCUCUCCGUUUUCUGGACCCUCUAUUGUCAUCGUUUGUUGCUUAUUAUUAAUUUACAACCAAAGAAUCUGAACAGGGCAGAGGUCGCUUGCGGUAGCACAGCCUAUUUUCUAGUGUGUGCUUUGCUUGUGUGCCCCCCCCCCCCCCCCCCCUCCCCUCCAUGUCUGGCGUGUAGCCCUGACAGCAGUGCCGCUGACCACAGAUAGGAAGAGGAGGGUGAAGCAGACCACCUCUACAUGCUUAAUCCCCCCCCCCACACACACAUGCCUCUGAACCACAGCAAUUACAAGCCCUAUACCCUCCCCCCUCCCCCCCCCUCUAGCCACUUUCUAGUUUUGCCAUUGGACACCCCCUCCCCCCCCGCCCCAGAACAAGCCACUGCAGCUCUCCCACAACAAUUCAAACCCACUGAAAUAAGCCUCCUGUUUCUCCCUGUCCAUGGGCCUCUGUGGGGUCUGGGAUGCAUGUUCUGUACAGCCUCGCCCUGCUCUGACAUGUCCUACCGUCUGGAAGGGCCCAUGGUUCAGUUUACGAUGUUUUACAUUUGAAAGAGACAAGCUUGUAUGGGAUGAAGGGUUCAUAAGAGAAUAUCAGGAUUCUUUCUGGAGUAAAUUAGCAGCAAGUACACAUCUUGGUCUGGAGGGCUUCACUCAUGGUGAAGAAUCAUCAGGGGGUGGGGGUGGAGUUGGGUAUCUAACGAGCUUACAGACUCUGUAGCUGGCAUCCUCGUUACUUCAUGACGCAUAUCCUGUUCAGUCUCCUCCCACUCAUGACUUAUCGUUACAUAUCGUACCGUUACUAUCUCAGUCGUUGGUUAGUUUAACCAAACAUUUCCAGGACUGGAGACAUUCGGCAGUCUGCUCUCAGAAGGAUCCCUGAGGUGUUCCACUGUUUAAAAAAUGUUAAAUUAAAGUUGCCACGGUGUUAGCUGUAGAACAUCUAUCUUUUUGAAUGUUUGUCCAUUUGUACGUCUGUAUGAUUGGUGUUUCCACAGUAUUUAUUGAAGUUAUAUAUUUUUCUUCCCUUGCCAAUAAAGUUGUUGUAAAAUUG